UUCGCCGGCGAGCAGAGAGGACGAUGGGCGCCGCGCGCGGCGUGCUCCAGGCGGCGCUUCUCCUCGCCGCCGCCGCCGCUGCCUUCUUGCUGGUGAGCCCCGCGGCGGCGGCGGCGGUGAACUCGACGUCGGCGACGCUGGACAACAUCCAGCCGCUCUCGACGCUCAACAUGGCCGCCGCGCGCGUCGCCAUGGACGCCGGCUCCGCCAUCCGCGCCUCGCCGGAGCUCCUCGGCACCAACGGCGAGGAUUCGGCCUGGGUCACCGUCAACUUCACGACGCCGGCGCCCACCGACGGCCACUGGAUCGCGCUCUUCUCCCCUGCCGAUUUCGAUUUGAUCAUGGGAGGGAAGCAGAGCAGUAGCAGAAUCAAUGCAGCAGGUGAAGAUGAAGCACCUGCUGGAUUACCCAUCGCUCCCAUCAAGUACAAGUUUGCUAACAUCUCGCCGAGUUUCAUGAGCUCCGGCAGCGGCGACACCAGCUUUCUUCUGAUCAACCAGCGCUACGAUUAUGCUUUCGGGCUGUUCUCCGGUGGCAAGGACAAUCCUAAACUCGUUGCAGUUUCAAACAAGAUCUCUUUCGCCAACCCGAAAGCUCCAGUCUUCCCUCGUCUCUCACAAGGAAAAGGAUGGAAUGAGAUGGCUGUGACAUGGACAAGUGGUUACAACGUUGAUGAAGCUUACCCCUUUGUGGAGUGGACAAUGAACGAGAAGGAGAAUGCUAGAGCUAGACGGUCGCCGGCCGACACCCUCACCUUCACAAGAAACCAUUUGUGUGGUAAACCAGCUAAUGCAGAAGGUUACAGAGACCCAGGCUUCAUCCACACAGCUUUCCUGAAGAACUUGUGGCCAAACAGGGAGUAUUCUUAUCAGAUUGGGCACGAGCUACUAGACGGAACUAUAGUAUGGGGCAAGUCGUCCACCUUCCGUGCAUCACCUUCCCCUGGACAAGCUUCACUCCAGCGAAUUGUCAUUUUCGGAGACAUGGGACUCGGGCAAAGUGAUGGGAGCAAUGAGCUCGCCGGAUUUCAGCCGGGGGCGCAGGUGACGACGGAGCGGCUGAUCAAGGACCUGCCCAACUACGACGCCGUCUUCCACAUCGGCGACCUCUCCUACGCCAAUGGCUUCCUGGCGCAGUGGGACCAGUUCACGGCGCAGAUCUCGCCGGUCGCCUCCCGGGUGCCCUACAUGGUGGCGAGCGGCAACCACGAGCGCACGUCCCGGGACACCGGCGGCUUCUACGGCGGCGACGACUCGCACGGCGAGUGCGGCGUCCCCGCGGAGACCUACUUCCGCGCGCCGGCGGCGGCGAACCGCGGCAAGCCCUGGUACGCCGCCGACCACGGCAUGUUCCGCUUCUGCGUCGGCGACACGGAGCACGACUGGCGCCCCGGCACGGCGCAGCACGCGUUCCUGGACGGUUGCUUCGCGGCGGCGGACCGUAAGCACCAGCCGUGGCUGGUGUUCGCCGCGCACCGCCCGCUCGGCUACUCGUCGAACGAGUACUACGCCAGGGAGGGCUCCUUCUCGGAGCCCAUGGGGCGGACGCUGCAGCCGCUGUGGCAGAAGCACCGCGUCGACCUCGCCGUCUACGGCCACGUCCACAACUACGAGCGGACGUGCCCGGUCUACGAGAACACCUGCACGGCGGCGCCGGCGGCGGCGGGGGGCGGCGGGAACGGGAGCUCGCCGGCGGCGGCGUACACCGGCGCGCUGGGCGGCACGAUCCACGUCGUGGCCGGCACGGGCGGCGCCAGGCUGAGGGGGUACGCCGGCGGCGAGUGGCCGCAGUGGAGCGCGGCGAGGAGCGAGAGCUACGGGUACGUGAAGCUCACGGCGCGCGACCACUCGCGGCUGGAGCUCGAGUUCAUCCGCAGCGACGACGGCGAGGUGCUCGACGCGUUCUCCAUCACCAGGGGCUACAAGGACGUGCUCGCCUGCGCCGUCGACGCCUGCGACCCCCACACCUUGGCCAACUAACUAAUCGUCGCCUCACCAAAUUCAAAUUAAAAAUUUGAAUUUCACAUGAACAUGGAGUAGAUCAGUAGGAAAACUGUUCAUAUUAUAAUGAAUUAGCUGACUGAGUUGUGAAUUCUACGAGGUAAUUAAGGAUUUAA